CCCGCUCGCGGCAGAGGCGGGUUGCUUCGCGCUCCCAAUGUUAGCGCGAUUUUCUCCGCGCUUCCACGCGAACCGUUCGCGGACCGUUUCCGAACGCUGCCGCUGCGAGUGCGUUUCCAAACGACACGUUCCAAAUUCGAACGAGUAGAAACAGUGCUGUGCUAAUUAGUUCGCAGUGGCUGUGACUGUAUAUUCCGGAUUUGGAUAGAACUGUUCGUUGGCGUGUUCAGUGUAAUUCAAUUAGUAUGUUUGUGAAUCAAACACCAAAUUAAUACGUACGAGUCUGGGAAGCCAAACAUGACUUUCCGCAUCAUUUUCAAAUCAUGACUCACAGACUGACCGUAAUUAAUUCUUACGCGCAUCAAGCGCGAACGCACUUAUAAUAAAAUUAAAAUAAAUAACUUAAUCAAUUAGACUAGCAAUUAGAUGAGUCACGGCGAUUUGCAUGCGGACGCCUGACCGUCGGGCUGCGCUCCGCAGCCAUGAAGUCAGAUGAGAUGAAGACGUCGCUAGAAGACCGGGCGGAGGACAGUCCUAAAGGGAAGAUAUCCUUCAGCGUGGACUCUUUACUAGGGUCCCGCGUGGAGGCGCCUGACGCGGGGAGCAACGACGCGGAAAGUACUGAUGCGGCGCUGGAGAGUGAUGAGAGCGAUGUUGAUAUCGAGGAUGUGGAGUCGACGCUGGGCGACGAGGGGGGGGGUGAGGAGGCGCGCGGGGUGGUGGUGCCGCAGCCGCUGCUGCCGCGCCUGUACCCGGGCCACGCGCCGCCCGCCUGGCCCUUCGCCGGCUUCCCCUGGAUGGCGCCCAAUCCGAUGUUCCGGACCGGCUCGCCUAACACCGGCGCGCCGAGCGGGCCGCCAGUAGUGCGGUGCCAGCUCCGCAAACAUAAGCCGAACCGCAAGCCGAGGACGCCCUUCACCACGCAGCAACUACUAGCGUUGGAGAAGAAGUUCAGAGACAAGCAGUACCUGAGCAUCGCUGAGAGGGCCGAGUUCUCGUCGUCACUGAGACUUACUGAGACUCAGGUGAAGAUCUGGUUCCAGAACCGGCGCGCGAAAGCAAAGCGACUGCAAGAGGCCGAGAUCGAGAAGCUUCGGCUCUCCGCGCGCCCCCUGUUACCCCCCUCCUUCGCCCUGUUUGGGGGCGGGGGCGCGCCCCCCCUGUUCGCCGCCAUGGCCGCCGCCACCCGCCCGCAGCUCAGCUUCCUCGGCGGCCCCCCGAGCCACCAGCACGCCAUCAACAUGAACAUCCUCAACUCCUUGCAGCCGCACUGACGGUUGGACUCCGUGCGACCACCUCCUUUCGAGCAACCGCCGUCGUAGAAAACGUUCCAAAUUUGAAACGCAUCGAAUGACUUUUAAAAAGCAGUUCGGAAUUUAAGUGAGAAACUUUGUGGAGUCAUCUUUAAGUGCAAUUUCUUAGAUUUAUGGUAAUGUUAAAUGCGGAUUUGAGAUGGAUUGUUCUACGGUUUCCGUUGGUCGUAAUGAUUACAUAGUAGGUUAUUUUACAUAAGUAUAAUAUGUAGAAAGUCAAUAGAUAUGAAGUUUAUACCAUACAAGCUGCAUACAAGUUAGGUUGUAAUUUAAUUUAAAUUAUUUAUUUUCAGUGACAGCUGUACUUUAAAGUCUAUAAGGUUUUAUAUAAUGUCGUU